AUGGCACGACGCUUCACAUAUGCGGAAAAAGGAAAAGCAAUCAGCAACCACGCAACUAAAGCUCCGCCGCUGCGCAUCAGAGCUCCAGAGAUCGACACUACCCAGGCUAUCAGAGACAACCAACUCACCCUUAUCGGUCGACUCACGAAUCCAAAGGAACAGAAAAUCUGGCGUCUGAUUCCUUUUCUCUCUCGCCGCUGGAGCGCUAAAGGGACUGUCACCUGCUCGGAUCUUGGACAGAGCUGUUUUCAAGUGAGAUUCGAAAGUAAAGACGAUCUUGAUUAUGUCUUAGCCCAUAGACCAUACCACUACGCUAGAUGGAUGGUUAUAAUUCAGCAAUGGGAGCCAAUAAUCUCCCCUGAAUUCCCUUCUUUGAUUCCUUUUUGGAUAGAACUAAAAGGGCUCCCUCUACACUACUGGAAAAAGGAAAUGCUCCACAAAAUCGGCAGAGAAAUUGGCCAACUCGAUGGAUUCGAAGUGACCCCUCUGGUUGCAAAAAUCAGGGUCACUAUUGAUGGCCUGAAACCACUAAUCAAGGAAACUAUUGUUGAGUUUGACUCUGGCGAUGAAACUAUUGUAUCCUUGGAGUAUGAGAAACUUGCAAAUCAUUGCCAACUAUGCAACAGCUUACUCCAUGACGAACAGCAGUGCCAGAAUCAAAGUGACCAAGAGUCCUACCAUCAGGAACCACCAACCACAGACAAUGAAGUGAAGAAGACUCAAAGGCAACACCCCGAAUCUCCAAGAUUGCCAAGGAAUCACUCUACGAUCCCCUCCUCUGGACAGAUGGACGGCUUGGUUAUGAGGAAGCAAGGGGCUUACAGUGAACGUCUGGAUAGACAUGGAAGACCCUUCGGAGUAAGACCCUCUGCUAAAACACCGACAAACCCCUACAGGAGAAAGACUACUACAAAAUCCCCAAACCACAAUCAAGAGAAGGGAAAACAGCCUGAAAAAACCGAAUCCCCCAACGACUCACACUCCUACCGACGAAAUGGAAGGGAUCCUCAAAGGCACCGUAACGACCCCAAGGACCGUAGGACUCAUACUAACCUGAUAGAUGACUCACGACGUCGGUCCUUAUCGUACGGCAUCGAAUCGAUUGGAGGUCAACGCAUUUGGAGGGAGAAGAGCCCUCUGGUAACAGAGGAUCACAUCAACACCCCUUUCACUACCCCAGCCCAGCAUUCCCAAAAUUCUGCACAAGAGGUUCAACAGAUGCAUGAGAACAUAAUGACCGAACUCCAAGAGGUUACGCUCCAAUAUAUCAAUGUUCCUGAUCCGGUGGAAAGUGCUGCAAGAAGACAAAGGGUGCUUGAUGGCGAAACCCAAGAUUUGAUGGCUAAAACAGCAGCGACGCUUCUGGAGAGUGCGAUGACAAAAGCGAACAACAAGGCAAGUAACCAUGCCUUCUAUGCUGCGUUGGAGGCAAACAACGACCCCAUCAAUCUGCCUGAGGGUCAGGAGAACCCUGAAGUACCAAGUCCUGGACUAGCAGCUUCAACGCAACCAAUUCAACCGCGGAAAAGAGGGCGCCCCCCAGGACGAAGCGCGUCAAAGGUAAAUCAGCAAACUCUACGAGGAGCAGGGUCCAAGAAAAGGAAGGUGCUGAUCCAAAACUCUCCCCUGGUCCGCAAAUCCUACUCAACGCAAAACAAUACUGAAGGCCAGAAGGGGACCAAACGUACUACUCAAAGGAAGAUCCCACACGUUACAAGACCACCAAGAUCCAAUACACCAGCUAUGAAAGCUACUGGAAAGGAGCCAGGAGCGUCACUGCCAGGAACAUCAAAGAUGAGGAAAAAUUCCCAAGGCAGGGGAACAAAGCCAAAGUCACCAAUGGCGGAUUUUCACAACCCGCCCAGCUCUCUUCCUUAA